AUGGAGGACCCUGCGAAGAAGCUGAACCAGAAGAGUGACGGCAAACCCCGGAAAGUACGAUUUAAAAUCUCUUCCUCCUACAGCGGCCGGGUGUUGAAGCAGGUCUUUGAGGAUGGGCAGGAAUUAGAGUCGCCAAAGGAGGAGUACCCUCACAGUUUCCUCCAAGAGUCCCUUGAACCAAUGGAUGGUGUUUAUGGGUCUGGGGAAGCCCCCAAACCCCGGUCGUACUCCCCUAAGCUGACUGCUCAGAGGAUCAGCGUGUUUCGAGAGGGUAGUGCCUACACCUUGGCGAGCAGCCAGCCUUUCUUCAAUGAUUACAAGGCGAAUGACCGUAAGUCCCCACCUAUUAUAGAUUUUGGAAAGAUAAUCAUCUACACGAAUAACCUGAAAAUCAUUCGAACUCCAAUGGACAAGAGAGAUUUCAUGAGGAAAAUGCUCCAGAAGGAAGAGGAGGCUGAGGAAGAGUCUCUGAUGAGCAAAGAAGAAAUCUAUGGAGACCAGAACGAUGGGCCUUUGGCAGAGACGGGAGGCACCUUCCCCCAUAACCAGUACCCACAGGAAGGGGAACUUCCCGAGGACAACUGCUUUCACUGCCGAGGAUCGGGCAGUGCCACCUGCUCUCUGUGCCAUGGCAGCAAGUUCUCGAUGCUGGCCAACAGAUUUAAGGAGUCCUAUCGGGCCCUGCGGUGCCCUGCCUGCAAUGAGAAUGGCCUGCAGCCUUGCCAGAUUUGCAAUCAAUAG